GCCGUAACCCGGUAAAUCGCCUCCGGAAUCCACCGGCGCUGUUGCUCCAGUCGGAAGUGCCGCUGUGAGCCUCCGUGUUUCGUGAGGGCUCGGUGGACACGUAUGGACCGGCGCGUGGAGCGCAAUGGAGACCCGCAGUAAUGCCACAGCCCAGAUUGAUGCUGGUGGUGACGGGAGAUGACUUUGGCUACUGCCCCAGGAGGAACCAGGGCAUCGUGGACUGCUUCCAGGCUGGAGGCAUUUCCAACGUUUCGCUGCUGGUUAACGCCUGCGCUGCCAAAGAGGCGGCAGACCUGGCGAAAAGGCACAGCAUCCCCAUCGGCCUCCACGCCAACCUGUCCGAGGGCCUUCCGGUGUGUCAGCCGGCCUUCACGCUGACGAACCAGCACGGCUUCCUCCGCGGGAAGACGGGCUUCCGUCAGGCCCUGGAGGGAGGUCAGCUCAGCAUGAAGCAGGUGGAGCUUGAGUUGAGGGCCCAAGUCCGGCUGUUCAGGGACCUGACGGGUCACGUGCCCCUCCACAUGGACGGGCACCAACACGUCCACGUGCUGCCAGGGGUGCGGGAGGUGUUUGCACAGGUUCUGUCAGAUCUCAAGAUCCCCUUCACCCGGGUUCCAGUGGAGCCGGGUCUCCACAGUGGCCCAGCGCUGCCGGCACAUCUAAGAAAAUUCUACGCACAGGUGGAGAAGGACGCUCUGGACUCCAUCGCUGUCUUCACACGCUACGGAAUCAGGUGGCCAGACGUGUACCUGGGGCUGACCACCAUGGGCCAGAACAUGUCCGUGCCCAACCUGCAGAGGGCCCUCGGCCACGCCUUGACCGCGGCGCCCUCCUCUGCCACUACCUCCGGCGGGGCCUCGGGCUCUCACCAGCCCGUGGUCACAGCGGAGCUCAUGGUCCACCCGGGUUACCCCAGUCGACCCCAGGAAGGGGGUUGCGGAGAGGGACCCGACGACUUCUCCCGGUCCGCUGACAGACAGCACGAGCUGAGCAUGCUCACGGACCCGGCCCUGCUGGCUCUCUACAGCCGGGAGAGGGUGCAGCUCUGUGCCUUCAAGGACAUCUGAGGGCCGCUGCCCACGUGCACCGCCGAGGGCCAAAGGGAGCGCGUCACAUCGACACUCACCCUAAACCUGCCCAUUAGUACGUGAUGUGGGUCGCUCGCGUUGUGUCCAGAAAACAAGGGAUGGGGACUUUUUAAGAACAACACGAUGUAAUACUGUUUUUACCUGUGGCCAGGAAACCAUGCGUUCGGAGGGGGGGGGGGCGUGUCUGUCCGCGACUAAUCUUGUAUACUCUAAUAUUUCUGUGGUGCUCAUUCAGGACUCAAGGACCUCUCGUGAUUCACAUUUUAUUGACAAGUUUCCUAAACACGUGAUCAACGACUGCCUCAGCUCGCGCACUUUAACUAUAACGUCACAAUAUAUAACGUGUUUGACACAGAACUCGGUCAGCACAAACUCAGCCGAGCGCGGACGACAACCGAUGUCGCUGUUAGUCGUGAAUUAAACAACCAGCACGUUAAGCCAGCACAUGUCCAGCUAACGGAGCUAACAGCUAACGGGACUAAGCACACAGCAGGAAGGAUCUAAAGACGGUAAAACUAAGUUUAUUUUGUACUGAUCAAUCAUGAACUUCUAUACAUAAUGUUAACAAUCGUAAAUGUGAGCGCAGAGCACGGAGAUGUUCGAGGCAAAGAUUGUUCUUUGUGGAAGGCAUACCGGGUGCUGAUUACAGAUCAGCCGUCAUCAUGAACAAGUGUGUAGGGAACAGAGGAAAUGACCCCCGGACGUCCUGUGGCAGUUUAAAGACCGACUUCCUGCCUCCGCUCCGACCGCCUGUACUCACUGGAGUUGACAGUUUUCCCAGUUCACCGAGUCGGGCUGGCUUUGGGUUUAUCUGCUCCCGGGGUUUAAAGAGCUUCAUUAUUCCAGUGGUGUUCUCAUGUGUGUUUAAUGUAUGUGUUGUGUCUAAUAUGGGGUCACCCUAACCCCCAAAGAUCUCAGGUCUGUGUAGCACAAGUAGCAUUCAAAAUCUAAUCCAACUGCCAAAUGUGUGUCUCUGAAGUGAAGGUCACUUUAACACUCUGGUUUUAACGGUUAUGUUUGUAAUAUU